CAGUCAGUGCUUGUUCAACUCUGUGAUCGCGAACAACAUUUUGUUUAGUAAAAGCAUACAAACAAUACGCGUUACAAAACUAUUGCAUUUUAGUGAAUUUUUAAGUGGGCAGUGAUUAACAACGCUGAUUGUGAGUCGUUUGUUUGCGAAACGGUCGCGAGGCACUCUGAAAAUUAAUCUUGAAAUUAACAGUCACUAUGUUUAAAGGACUAAAAAUGAAAUCAAGAUUACUGAUGGGCUUAAAAUCAUCCCACGCUGAUCUGACAAUUGCAAAAUUUAUGUUAUUUUAUGGGCCGACCUAUGGCGACAGCGACAUUUAUGAUCUUAACGACUACAAGUCGCUCCUCGAGGACUCGAAUUUCUCAAAAACAAAAAAUACCGUGCUGUAUUUACAUGGCUACUUAGAGGACGCAAAUAUUGAAAGCAUACAUGUAAUUGUAGAUGCCUAUCUGCAGCGGGACGAUGUCAAUAUAAUUAUCUUGGAUUGGGGUGAAUUGGCUAAUGGUAAUUACAUGUUCGAUGCAGUGAUCAAUUGUAAACAGCUUGGAUCAGUACUUGCGAGAUACUUGGUUAAUAUGUUUGAGCUGGGCUUGGAUAUAAAGAAAUUCCAUAUAGUUGGUCAUUCACUUGGUGGUCAAAUGGGUGGUAUAAUUGGCAGAGAAGUGUACAGGCGGAGCGGCAAAACGAAAAAAAUCUCCAGGUACAUACUAUGUAGGUGUGUGCAAAGAACAUAGCGAUGGUGUAACUAC